AGGCAAACACGUUUUCAUUCCAAAAAUUCCCCUUGAAGUUUCAAGGGAUGAAAACUGCCCAGUCCUGUUUAAACGCGUUCAAUUUCCUGUGAAGGUUUGCUUUGCGAUGACGAUCAACAAAUCGCAAGGUCAGACGCUUGACUACGUUGGCAUCUAUUUAAAGGAGCCUGUUUUUUCUCACGGACAGCUAUAUGUUGCCCUGUCGAGAGCGCGCAAUGCAGAUUCAAUUAAAAUUGUCAUUUGUCCGGAUGAUCCUAGGCCAGCUCUCGCUGCUACAACUGCCAACGUUGUCUUUGAGGAAAUAUUGCCCUUUAUUAACUAGGUGAACGACACAAAUGGAAGCUGAAGUGCCAAUCCUAUCUGUGACACCAAAUACCAGGCCGUGGACCUGCCGAGUUACUGUGGUGGAAAAACAGAAUGUGCGUGCUGCAAAGGCGUCUCCCAUAAAGUUUAUGCCGAUGAUACUCAUGGAUUCUGCCGGAACCAGGGUUCAGGCGACUGCUUUCCAAGGUGACAUUGAAGGGAUCGAUCAGCGCCUUACGCUAUACUCCACCUAUCUUGUCUCUAAUGCGUAUGUAAAAUCGAUCAGUGACAUGCGUUUCUGCGUUGAUGGAGCGUACCCUUACGUUUGGUCAUUCACACGACGAACUAUGAUCCAAGAUGUUGUUGAGGAAGAAGGUCAAGACUUCCGUCAACUGGCUGAGGCAGACACCACCCCUUUUUCAGACAUUUAUGCUUCUUACAUGCGCGAUGAACAAAUCAAUGUUUUGGCUGCAGUGGUGAAGAAGCUGCCGCGAACAUUUGUCUUCUCCAAUGCGAAACAAAAACCUGCAUGGGAUGUCGUCCUGCUCGAUGCACAGUGCAUCCCAGUUACAUUCACCAUGUGGGAGGAAUUCAUCACUCGACAUGGUGGUGAGAUUGACCAAUGUUUGCAAACUGGAGAUUUCCCCUUGCUUCUGAUAAAUAGGGCUGCCAUCAACCUUUAUCAAGGUUUGACUUUGUCGACUCACUUUGACUGCCAUGUUGUGCUCAAUCCUGACGGAGAACGGGCGCUACAGUUGAAAAAAUGGGUUUCUGACAACAGAGAUAAAAUAAAUGACGUACUGCUUGCAAAGAAAUAUGACGAAGCC